AUGGAGGAGAUUUGAAACUAUUAUUAGCUCUUAAAAAUAUAAUUUAUUGGAUCGUUUUAUGUCAUUUAAAAAAAAAGUGUACGUAUAUAUCUAUUACAUUUUGCCAUUAUGUAGUAAUUCUUGAACAUUGCGAUUGUGAUUGGUAUCUUUAUCUAAUAUGGAGAAGAGUUGCAGCAACAUAUAUAUAAGUAGAUAUGUAGAUACAUACGUAGACAAUGGAUUUUAUGUAGUCUAACUAUAUAGAAAGGCAUUAAUAUUUAAGUCAGACUAUAUAACGAAAUCGAUCAUUAUGAAGAAUCUCAGGUUAUGGCAAUAAAAUCUCGGCAUAUUUAAAGAUCCAACCGUUUGUAAUUGAAGCGUAGCAAGCAGGGCGCGGGUUUAUUUUUUUUGUUAGUCAAUAAGCUUAUAGUAUAUACCCAAUUUUUAAUGUAAUGUUCAAUGGUAAAUUUUGUAAUUAGUCUAGUUAAGAAAGAGUUUUUGAAUAUAUGAGGUGAAAGAACUUGUGGUGCUGACACGUAGAAAAUGACACACGUGUAAUAAACACAUGAACGAAAGGUUAGUUAUAUACAAUGCUCCUCAAAUAAUAAAAAAGGGAUGCACAACGAGUUGUUUUUUUUAUUGGAACCAAAGUUGGACGUUGCUCCUUCCAUCCCUACUAAACCGGCCUGCUAAUACCAAGUUGUAGAGACACACAUGGUAUUCUUCGCUGUGUCAGUGUUAUAAAAAGGGUCGAGACCAUCUGAGACAAAGCAUAACCUCUAUAUUUACUCAAACAUCUAUUCACACAUACGCACAAGAAAUAAAUUAGAGUGACUUGGAUUUCAAUGGAGGAAGAGAGACGAAGCGAAGAAGAAACCUCUCAUCAUCGUCCUUUUCAAUUCCUUAACGAAGCUAUCAAGAGCUUCAUGGAGUGUCUUGGUCUUCAUAUCUCUCCUCCUCCAUAUUAUUCAGCAUCUUCGGAGGCUCCAAACGGCAUCGCGACAACAAGGGGAAUGAUAGUCAGGUUAAAGCAAAGGGGGAGAGAGACACCUAGCUCUGGUAGGCCUGGCCGCCACAACUAAGGAUUGGAUUUGUUCUUUUCCUAUCACCCAUACACGUGGCAAAACGGAUUACAAGUCCAUGCAAUUUCACGUUCAUUCAUAAACAUCGUUUCAUGUGUUUAUAUAUUGUUUCUGCUAAUUACCGUUGCAUUUCAUGAAGUUUCAAAAGGUUCUAAUAUGAUAUAAAAGCUGUUAUUAUUA